UUGAAUAUAACUGAUUAAAAAAAAAAUUAUAAGUAAUCUUGUGGCCCAAUAGGAAAGUCCCCUGGUUGAGAACCAAUGCAUUGUUUUAUACCGCAACAUUUACUUACAUCUGUAAUUUUCAGUUCCCCAUUGCAAAAGGACCACAAAUGUUUAAGUGCAACAGUGGUGAAUGUAUCAGCAUGGAAAAGGUUUGUGACAAGCAUCAUGACUGUAGGGAUUUGUCUGACGAGCCAGAAGAGUGUGGGACUUGAAGAUCGGAUAUGAAUGCAAGUGUCCCAUCGGCUUCCGUAAGGUGUACAAGAGACUCUGUGAAGCCUUACCCAUAUGCCAACCGGAUGAGUUCCAAUGUGGUGACGGAUCUUGUAUCAAUGGUAGCCUCCGGUGUGACCAUAAGUAUGAUUGCAGAGAUUUAAGUGAUGAGCUGGACUGUGUUAAUGCAUCCAACUGCGAAAGACCACACGUUUAAGUGCCACAGUGGUGAAUGUAUCAGCAUGGAAAAGGUUUGCGACAAGCAGCAUGACUGCAGGGAUUUGUCCGACGAGCCAUUAAAAUGGUGCAAUGUGAACGAGUGUUUAAAAAACAAUGGAGGCUGCUCUCAUAUCUGUAGGGAUUUGAAGAUCGGUUAUGAGUGCGAGUGUCCCAACAACUUUCAUUUGGGGGACAAAAGACGCUGUGAAGAGGUGUCCAACUAGCUGGUGUUGGUUCUCAUGCAGAUACAUCAGCAGACCAACUACACAUGGAGAUGUCCAGUCCUCAAAGACCUUGCAGUACUCUAGAUGAGCUGAAUUUUGAAAAAGAAAAUGUAUACAAAGUGAUUAAAUGAGA